GCCUUGACAACAAUAAACAGCCACAAGAGCUAUAUCUUCAGCCCAGUGAUCCAACAGGAUCGGUUGCCCGGAUGUCUUAGCUUUAUGUACAAGUUUGAUGAUGAGAUGGGAGGCACUCUGGGUGUUGCAGUUGAGAAGAUUGCCUGGGGCAGUGCCGAGGACGGGACUGAAAGACAUUUUUCUGGGCAUAAAGUGUGGAGUUUGACAUCUUCUAGCCAUCAUGACUGGAGAUCUGCUUUCGUUCCACUAUACCCAAACGGGGCAUCCACGUACAGGCUUGUGUUUAUUGGUGAGGGAAGAGGCGGUGACGGCUUCAUCAGAGUGGACAAUGUGCUUCUAUCCAGUGGAUCGUGUCAGCCUAAAGACUGCAGCAGUGAUGAAUUCCAGUGUGUAUCGUCUUUAACAUGCAUACCCACAGGCGCCAAGUGUAACUCUAUCAAUGAUUGUUCUGACGUCGAUCUGUCAGAUGAGAUAAACCCAGACUGUGCCUCGUCCCUGGACUGCGUCUUUGAUGAUCCGUUUUUGUGUGGUUAUCGCAAUGUUUCACAAAGUAAAGGCGUCUGGAUCUCCCAUAAAGAAGACACCACUUACGAAAAGACUCCAAUUCGUAUCUCUGGACGCACAGGUAGUUACACCGCCUCCGGUAGGGUUCAAGUCUAUCACAACGGCUUGUGGGGUGAUGUGUGCGCCCCUCGCCUGGGGCUAUCGGAAUUCAGAGUGUUAUGCACGAUGCUGGGAUAUGCAAAGUAUGCAUCCUUCUCUUAUACGUACUGGUCUGGCAGACGGUGGUUGGCAAAUCUGGACUGUGUGGGUUUCGAACGUGACUUGUCGGAGUGUUCUCAUGAUCCGUGGGGAAUCGCCGAUUGUGGGUCAUACAGCUCUUUGAAAAUCACUUGUGAAAAGCCAUUUCAGAAAAGACAUGGCCUGAACACCAUUAGUGAAGGCGUCAGAGCAAUGUUCUCCCGGAGUGAGCGCUUCGCCGAUGCAGCGGUAAUGGUGACUCCAGAGUGUACCGAGUGGGAGAGUGGGUGUGCCGAUGCCUGUCUGUCAGUUAGUUUGGAGCAACUGUCUGACCUUCACACACCCUUGAGCAUCUUUGCAGAGAACAACAAUGGUCGCUUGACUGCACUGUGGAGCUCAUACAGGGGCGGUGAUCUCGAAAUCAUGGUAUCACCGGACACCAGGAGACUGCAGUUCUUUUCGCGGUUCUCUUAUGCCACUUAUCAGCAAACGACAAUCAACAGUGUACAGUUUCUUGACAACUGUACUCACCUAGAUGGAAACUCUAGCAGGAACUUCCGGUGUAACAAUGGACAAUGGGUGGAUUUGAUUUACCUGUGUAACGGCUUCGCAGACUGUGCAGAUAACAGUGACGAGUGGAACAAUCAGUGUGAAAAUACGUCACUGUCGUGUUCGUUUGAAGGUGGCCAUUCGUGUGGCUUUAGCAGUCUUAGUGGAUCCAAUCGUUGGAGAGUUGCAAGGAUAAAAGAUGCAUAUAGACAGCUAUUGACGACUCUGGGAUACUGGUACCUAAGUGAUGAUCGCCAUGGCAAAAACGGCCACAUUUUAUAUUACGACCCUUUCGACUGUCAGACCAGUGGAAAAUCGAUACAAGAGUUGGUGUUUCCACAAGACCCUAGACUAACCAAUGGAGCUUGCAUCACUUUCUACUUCUGGGGCAAGGGCAACUUGACACUAUCGACACCGAAUGGAAAUCUUUUCUAUUAUUCCAGUGAGAAGUAUAAUUAUCGAUGGAAUCAUGUAGAAGUACAGUUUCCUCCGGACAGACCGUCCUUGUCAAUUUCUCUUCUUUCCGACUGUAGCACAGGCUUCUUCGCUAUUGACGACCUGAAUGUCUCACCAGGACUGUGUACAAACCCUUCGACCACGCGGCAAUGUUAUUUCGGCAAAGGUUUUAUUUGCGACGAUGGUAACUAUCUGCAGUGUGGACAAGUGUGUAACGGUCGUAUGGACUGUAAUGACGGGUCGGAUGAACAGAACUGCCACUGCACAUAUCGGUUUUCUUGCGGUGACCCGAAUGCUAACGGAUCAUGUGUCGACAGCAGCCAAUGGUGUGACGGAGUGGCCGAUUGCCCGGCUGCCACAGAUGAAGUACCAGGAUGUUCAUGCCCCCGCGGUACCUUUAGCUGUCAUUCUGAGGAGAAGUGCUUACAUAUAGAGUCUUACUGCAAUUACCACAAAGAUUGUAUUGGGGGAGAGGACGAACCGGUCGACUGUUCAACUUCCUGUCAUCCAGACUACCAGUUCAAGUGUGGCAAUGGCUUCUGUGUUUCUUCUCUAAAACGAUGUGAUUCCGUUGAUGACUGUGGAGACUUGUCGGACGAGAUGGACUGUCAGGACCACGAAAUUCUUUUGUUACAGAUCCAACAUGGCCGCGAGCGCCCUGCAGUGAGGACGAUUACCAUUGUGGCGACUCAGGCGUCUGUAUCAAGCGUACUGACGUAUGCGACGGAGUGGGGGGAAUGCCCUGGGGGUAUUGACGAGGGACCCCAAUGCUUGCAGUGCGGCAAAGACCAGUUCCAGUGCGCCACUUCCGGUCUGUGCGUGAACCAAACUGUAGUUUGUAAUGGGAUAUAUGAUUGCAAUGGCGGAUCAGAUGAGAUUAACUGCACAGAAUGUGACGGGUUUGUAUGCGAAAAGAGUGGACAAUGUUUGCCCGGCAGAGCUAGAUGCAAUAGAUAUCUAGAUUGCAUUAGAUGGAGGAAAGAUGAUUUGAGUGACGAACUGAGCUGUAAUAUAACAGACGGCUUCCGGUGUAAUAAUGGCAUUUAUAUAUGGAACCGUCAGUUGUGCGACGGAGUUGACCACUGCGGUGACUUCAGCGACGAACGACAAUGCAAUUGCACGGUAUACGAGUUUACCUGUGACAGCGGACAGUGCGUGCGUUCAGAGUUUUACUGUGACGGCCACCAGGACUGCGACGAUGGGUCCGACGAAUGGAAGUGUCGAGCAUGCGGAGCGGGCCAGGUACUUUCGUGCCGUAACCAGGUGUGUUUGGAUGAGGAUCAGAUCUGUGACGGCCAGUUCCACUGUGAAGAUGGUUCUGAUGAGUUGAACUGUGGUUCUUUUCACUCUGGGACGGAGACCAACGGCACGGUUUACUUCAACAAAAGCGGAUCAUCCUACCCUCUGUGUGCAGAGAACAUUGUUUCUGAUGAAAGAAGUCUGCAGUUGCUUUGUGACUAUUUGACACACGGGUGA